GCGUGCCCGCACACACACAGGCAGAAGACAGAUCACCGCCAGCAUGAACUGUUGAGAGACAGCAUCACACACAGACACGCGGAUGUGUUCCUACAGAGAGGCUUGCACACAACACACAAAAGUUAUCCCCCUCCCAUCCAUAGACUUUGACUGUUGGGGCAAGUGCUGUUCGCGAGCACUUAUAAAGUGCCACACACACACAAACAAACAGGCGCGCAUACGCACACAUCGUAGAGAGACACGCAUCGUAGAGAGACACACAUCCAUACAGACAUAUACAAACAAAGUUCGCCCGUGUAACCUGAACGGACUGUUGGGGCACGUGCUGCAAACGAGUAACACCUAUGAAGGUCGGAACGGCAUACGAGCGGGUGGGUGACCAGCACCACGCCCGACCGCCUUUGUCUCCACAGUGGCAAUAUUUACACACCGCACUAGGUACUCAUUUGAGGCGGAGUCGACCUAGGAGAGGCCCAUGACCCUGUUCAUGUAAUCGUCACUGGUGUUGGCCGUGAACGGGAAUCGAACUCGAGUGGUCGGCGUCGCAGCGCAGUGCAAUAACCACUACACUACCACUCCCCAUCAAACACACAAACACAGAGACAAACAGAGACGAACACAGAGACAAACAGAAACGCAGGCGGAUCGGUGUUCGCUGGUCGUUGUGCACGCGCAUCGCGAUGUGUCAUCCGCGUGUAGGCGUGUUGCCGUGUUGUUGAUGGUGUUGGUGGUGGUAUUGGUGGCGGUAUACUGUGUGCCGUAUGCGAUGCACACGCGUGGAGGGGAGCGAUGGCGCAGCGGUUAGCACGGCCGCGCUAAGAAAACCCUAGUUUGCUUACGGCCACCAACACUGGUGACGAAUAUCUUGUAACCGGUGCCGGGCCUCCCCUAGGUCGACUCAGCCUCAAAUGAGCACUGUACCUGGUGCUGCGUGUGUCAACAUCAGCAUUGUAGCGGUAAAAGGUGGCAAGGGCGUGGUGGUGACGUACAGGCCUUCAACCGUAACAUGUUGAAGGCUACACGGGGGGCAUCUUUGUCUUUAUCGUAUCCCUGCACGAUUGGAAGUGAGCUGCCGACUCGGCCUGGCCACACGGGAAAGAGAGGUGUCAUUUGUGAUGGCCAGGUCGCUUCUUAAAAAGAGCUCAGUGGGCCUUAUCUUGUAAAAUAAAACGUGUGGUUUUCAUCGUGAAAAUUGCAUCAGAUGGAGAUUAAUCCACUCGCUGUACUGCCUUCUGCUGAGACGGAUGGAUGGGGGUGGCGGAUACGGAACCUCGUAGACACCCCACGGAUAGUUUUACCUUGUUACAAUCAAUAAAUGACGAUUGGAGUUGGACGUUCAUCCUGGCGCCGAGGGUUUAUUGAAGGCAAGGUUAUCUACUCAACUAGCGGUGCAACGCAGCGCACAGCGAGGCCGAGAUAGUAAAAGACACUCUUCUUGGAGCUCUCAAGCAGUCAGCCUGCAGCAAGCAAGAAGCUCUCAAGCAGUCAGCCUGCAGCAAGCAAAGGCGCUCUCAAGCAGUCAGCCUGCAGCAAGCAAAGGCGCUCUCAAGCAGUCAGCCUGCAGCAAGCAAAGGCGCUCUCAAGCAGUCAGCCUGCAGCAAGCAACCAGCUCGGCAAAGAGUCUACAUUAAAAUCGUGUUGCAAGCAUCGCAGCAUGGACAGCCACAGUUCAGCAGGGAGAGAUGCUGAAGAAGAUGAUUUAAGCAAUCCAAGACCUCCCAUCCUGCCUCAAGAGGACCAAGGGAGUUCAAGGCCCCAAAGAGAGGUCAGGUUGACACAACGGGCCUUGGAAAGCUAUGAUGCUGAGAAACAGGACCUUGAUGCCAGGAUACAACGGGCAUGGGACCGGGUUGAAGCAGAUAUAUCUGAAGCUUCAAACGCCUCAGACACAAUGGCCUCAAUUCAGCGGGCCAUCCAGCGAGUGAAGGUGAGCAGCUCAAGCUACAAGCUCCUGGCAAAUAAAUACAUCUCCCUCCUGAUGAAGGUGAAAACAGAUGAGGGCAUUGAGGGAGUGCGCAGACAAGAGCACUUCCUCGAACUGCUCGAUGAUAAUGUGCAGGCAGUGAUACAAGAUGCAAUGGACCGUGUUGAGAGCUUAAGAGAGACACGAUCUCAGCACUCUGUCUCAUCCAGGUCCACCACAAGACCUAAAGCCUCAGCACACUCACAUAUAUCAUCUGCUAGUAUGACAGCAGCUCAGGCACGCGCCGCAGCAGAAGCAGCAAACGCCCGUAUCGCCUACAUGGCUGAAGAGGAAGCCAUGCUAAUUGAAAAGGCUCGCAUACAAGAAGAAGCAACCAUAGCAACUGCUGCCGCACGGAAGAAAGCAGAGCAAGAAAGUAUAUUAGCAACUGCUGCCGCACGAGAGUAUAUUAGAGGCUACUGCUACACGGAAGAAAAUUGAGCUGGAUGCUAAGUUAAGCACCCUACAACUCAAAAGGGAAGCAGCUGCUGCAAUGGCCCAGGCAGAGGUGCUCGAGGCAGCAGCCAACCUGGAUAAGGAAGAGAAUUGGAGUGAGUUUGGCACUCAUACCUGUCAAGGACCGUGAUCAACUCACCAGAAAAAAUAUUUUGGACUGGUCUGAACAAUGCAUCAAUGCUCCUCCACCAAACGAUACUGAACAAAGGGUGGACGUUCAGGCAUCGCCAUCUCCACACCGAAUGAACAUGAAUGCUGUCUACAGGAAUGGUGGAAAUGCAUAUCCUGCCCUGGCAGUUAGUCGCCGACUCAGCGUCGCACACGUGGGGUCAGACGUGGAUGCACCAAGUCAGACCCACAUUCCAGACAGUCACAUAAGGGGAUCCGGCCAACGUGAUCGAAACCCUUUGGGCCCACAGUCUAACGCCAUCGCAAAUGACGGCAUGCAAGACAAUACAGACAAUAAUGCCACCUCACAAGCGCCAGUAUGGACACACCCUGGAUCAGCAGGACUAGGGGACUUUGCUAGGUACCUGGCUCACCGCGAACUAAUCAACACAGGACUCGUUACGUUUGAUGACCACUCUGAGAACUAUCGAGCCUGGAGAUAUACCUUCAGGAAUGCAAUCCUAAAUGCAGACAUCUCUGCAAGUGAAGAACUCGACCUGUUGGUGAAAUAGUUAGGAAUUGAAUCUGCAGAGUACGCAGAGAGGAUCCGGUCAGCAAACAUUGACGACCCCACCUCAAGCCUGCAUGCGGUGUGGGAGAGGCUCGAGGAGUGCUAUGGUAGUCAAGAAACCAUUGAGAAGGCUCUCUUCAAGAAGUUGCAGAACUUUCCAAAAAUCUCUGGUCGAGACAAUAAAAGGUUACGGGAGCUUGGAGAUCUUUUCAUGGAGCUUGAAUCAGCCCAGGCUGACCCCUACUUACCAGGUCUCAUUUUCUUGAAUACCUACCAUGGCGUGAACCCCAUCGUAGAGAAAUUGCCAUUUGACGUGCAGGAAAAAUGGAGAACAGUGGGUUCAAGAUACAAGUCAGAGCAUCAGAUUGCAUUCCCCCCAUUCUCUUUUUUCUCAAUGUUUAUCCGCAACCUGGCUAAGACUAGAAAUGACCCGAGUUUCAUGUUUGGUACCACGGGGAUUUCCAGUCCAGAUCUCCCAAAAAUAGAAAGAAUGAUAGCGAAACGAGGAACAGCGAGAGUGCCAAUUUCCGUACACAAGACUGAGGUCUCUCCUGCGACAUUCGCAAACUCCGUCCAGGCAACCACCACAAAGAAAAAGAUAGAGGAUCCAGAGAAGCAAUGCCCAUUGCAUGAUUAACCUCACUCCCUCCAGAAAUGCCGUGAGUUCAGGAGGAAGCCAUUGGAAGAGCGGAAGAACAUGCUGAAAGAAUUAGGAGUGUGCUUCAAAUGCUGUGCUUCUACAAACCACCUUGCAAGGAAUUGCAAGGCAGAUAUCAAGUGCGAGGAAUGUGGCAGCGACAAACACGCAACUGCUCUGCACACAUUUUACUCGAAAACCAGUGGCACUAAGGCUUCCGAUCCCGAAGCAGAGCACGGCGGGGAGCAAGGCGAGACCAUCGCACUCACUUCGUCAAUCACAACCAAAUGCACAGAAAUCUGUGGAGAAGGCUUCAAAGGAAGAUCUUGCUCAAAGAUAUGCCUCGUCCGAAUCUAUCCCAAAGGACAUCCUGUAAGGGCAGUAAGGAUGUACGCCAUAAUGGACGACCAGAGCAACAGGUCUUUGGCAAGGUCAGAGUUCUUUGAUCAGCUAAGUGUAGGUGGGAAUUCCUUUCCAUACACGCUCAGAACAUGCUCAGGACUGAUGGAGACAGCGGGAAGAAGAGCGAGCGGCCUCAUGGUGGAAGCCAUAGAUAGCACCAUGAAGCUAGCCCUUCCUACGGUGACAGAGUGCAACGAGAUACCGGACGACAGGAGUGAGAUUCCCACGCCCGAAGUUGCACGUCACCACCCACACCUGGAACCCAUAGCAAAGUUCAUCCCGCCAUUGGAUCACGCGGCACAGAUUUUACUUCUGCUCGGCAGGGACAUGCUGAGAGUCCACAAGGUUCGCGACCAACGCAAUGGACCUCACGACGCUCCCUACGCCCAGAGACUUGACCUAGGAUGGGUCAUCGUAGGUGACGUUUGUCUCGAUGGAACACACAAAUCAGACCGCAUUAGCACAUUCAGAACAAGUGUGCUCACGAAUGGACGCACGUCGCUCUUCAAACCGUGCCCCAACCACUUCACGCUGAAAGAAAAAUUCGACGAUAGAAGUCAAGGCUGUACCAUACAGGCUGACGAAGAAACCUCUAUGCUGAAAGAGAAUGUUGGACAUACGGUGUUCGUGACAACGAAGGACGACGACAAAUCUGCUCCAUCGCUAGAGGAUAAAGAAUUCUUUAAAAUAAUGGACAGAGAGUUCUUCCAAGAUGAGUCAAACAGUUGGGUUGCCCCUCUGCCAUUUCGUAAUCCCAGAUGCCGACUACCCAACAAUAGAGAGCAAGCCCUCUCACGGCUCAACUCAUUGCGCCGCACCUUGGACAAGAAACCAGAGAUGAAGAAUAAUUUUGCGUCCUUCAUGAAAAACAUAUUUGACAGUGGUCACGCUGAAGCAGCCCCUCUAGAAGAAGGACAGGAAUGCUGGUACUUACCAAUCUUUGGCGUGUAUCACCCAAAGAAGCCGGAUCAGAUCAGAGUGGUGUUCGAUUCCAGUGCUCAAUUUAAGGGCAUUUUCUUGAACAAUGUAAUGCUCACCGGACCUGACUUGAACAACAGUCUCCUAGGAUUACUCAUCCGUUUCAGAAAGGAGUCAAUCGCCGUAACAGCCGACAUUCAACAAAUGUUCCACUGUUUCAUUGUCCGAGAAGACGACAGAAAUUACCUCAGGUUUCUGUGGUACCACAAUAACAACGUCGAUGAUCGAUUUGUUGAAUACAGAAUUAAGGUGCAUGUCUUCGGCAACAGCCCAUCCCCAGCGGUAGCCACCUAUGGACUUAGGAGGACCGUGCAGGCAGGAGAAGGGGAAUUUGGGAAAGACGCCAAGAGAUUUGUAGAGCGAGAUUUCUAUGUCGACGAUGCACUUAAAUCAAUGCCCACGGCCUCAAAAGCCAUCGAUCUGCUCCAAAGGACGCAAGGAAUGUUAGCAACUGCUAACCUGAGACUUCACAAGAUAGCGUCCAGCAGCGUAGAAGUGAUAAAAGCGUUUCCUUCAGACGAUCGCUCAAAAGACUUGAAAGACUUGGACCUUAAUGUCGACACACCACCAAUCCAACGCAGCCUUGGACUGAGUUGGGACCUGAAAGCGGAUACGUUCACGUUCCGAGUAUCAAUUGGAGAGAAACCUUACACACGACGUGGCAUCUUGUCGAUGGUAAACAGCCUGUACGAUUCACUGGGAUUUGUAGCGCCGGUUACCAUUCAAGGCCGUUGGAUACUCAGAGACCUUUGUGCUGAUACACAAGACUGGGAUAGCCCGUUGCCGGAGGAACGGCGACAAGAAUGGGAAACUUGGAGAAAUUCCUUACGGGCACUUGAGCAGCUGCAGAUUCCACGUUCCUACACGCCCACAUCCCUUUCCGUAACCCAACGGAAGAAGUUACAUGUGUUUGCAGAUGCUUCUAUGAUGCCCGUAGCAGCCGUAGCUUACCUAAAAACCACAAGCACAGAAGGGAUCCAGCAUGUUGAGUUCAUAUUGGGCAAAGCCAAACUGGCCCCACAACCGGACCAUACCAUCCCAAGGCUUGAGCUGUGUGGAGCGGUUCUUGCUACAGAGGUGGCGGAACUGAUCUUAGACGAAUUUGACGUCAAACUGGACGCGGUCAAGUUCUACAUGGAGAGUAAGGUCGUACUAGGCUACAUAAACAACCAAACCAGAAGGUUUUACACCUACAUCAGCAACCGGGUGGGGCGCAUCAGGAGAUCGACGCAGCCGGAGCAAUGGAAUUACGUUCCAACUGACCGGAAUCCAGCAGAUUUCGCAACUAGGUCUGUCCCUGCAUUUCUGCUGAAUCAAACCAUCUGGCUGACGGGUCCAGCGUUCCUGUUACGAUGUGACGGUAGCCCAUGUACUACCAAGGAGACCUUUGGACUCAUAGAGCCCGAGUCCGACAAGGAGAUUCGUCCUCAUGUGACAACUUUCGUAACAAAUGUGCGACCAAGAAGUCCACUGAGUCCACACCAUUUUGAACAUUUCUCGAAAUGGACGACGCUCGUGCGAGCGAUAGCACAUCUAACGCAUAUCGCAGACUGCUUCCAUCGCCCGAUGAGAGGCACCACUGGUAGCUGCAAUGGGUGGCAUCACUGCACAGUGCCACGUACUGAAGAUGAGCUUUCCAGAGCAAGGAAAUCAAUAUUCUGCUGUGUGCAACAGGCAGCUUAUGCAAGUGAGAUCAAUCCAUCAACAAGGAAGAGGACCUUCCUAGGGUCAGCUCCUUCAGGAAGUUAAACCCCAGGAUGGACAAAGACGGCUUGCUCAGGAUCGGUGGUCGGCUAGGGAAUGCAAAAUUAGAUGAGAAUGAACGAAACCCCCUCAUAAUCCAGAGCCAGAGCCACAUUGCAAUUUUACUUGUGCGCUACUACCAUGAGAAGGUCAAGCACCAAGGUCGGCACUUCACAGAAGGAGCAAUCCGGUCUGCAGGGCUGUGGAUCGUUGGAGCAAAGAGGUGCAUCGCCAGCACAAUCCACAAGUGUAUCCGGUGUCGUAAGCUACGUGGAAAACAGGAAGAACAGAAAAUGGCAGACCUCCCAGCCGAUCGACUCAGUGUGGAGCCUCCCUUCACCUCUGUAGGGAUCGACGUGUUCGGACCAUGGACAGUCAUCUCCCGCCGCACCAGAGGAGGGCUCGCGAACAGCAAACGUUGGGCAGUGCUGUUCACCUGUAUGAGUACACGAGCAGUGCACAUCGAAGUUAUCGAGUCCAUGGACUCUUCGAGCUUUAUAAAUGCACUCCGGAGAUUCUUCGCCAUCAGAGGGCCAGCCAAGCAACUCCGUUCUGAUUGUGGAACCAAUUUCAUAGCAGCAUGUAAAGAGCUUAAGAUCAAUACGGAGAAUGUCGAAGAUGAUUCUGUCAGGAAAUACCUUAGUGAUCAAGGCUGCACAUGGAUCUUCAAUCCUCUCCACUCUUCGCAUAUGGGUGGAGCCUGGGAACGCAUGAUCGGGAUUGCUCGACGCAUUCCCGACUCCAUGCUAUGUGAUGUCGGGUCCACACGGCUCUCUCACAAGGUCUUGACCACUCUCAUGGCCGAGGUCUCAGCCAUAAUUAACUCAAUACCCCUGAUCCCCGUCUCAACAGACCCGGAGUCACCAUUCAUCUUGACUCCUGCUACACUUCUUACCCAGAAGACAGAUGUGCUCACAGCACCUCCCGAGGAGGCCAGCACUGCAGACCUCUACAGACGUCAAUGGAAACAAGUGCAGAGCUUCGUGAACACGUUCUGGCGUCGCUGGAAAAACGAGUACCUUACGACACUCCAAGUGCGCAACAAGUGGCAGUCUAACAUACCAGACAUCCAAGAAGGCGACCUUGUCCUACUGAAGGACAACCAAGCCAAACGGAAUGAGUGGCCAAUGGGCCGCAUCCUCAAGUCGAUUCUAAGUGCCGAUGGAAAAGUUCGAAAGGUCGAGGUUAUGAUUGCGAAGCAAGGUGUCGCAAGAACUUUCAUCAGGCCCAUAGUCGAGAUAGUACUACUUCUCUCUCGCAAAGAUAUGGACAAAUAAGUCGACCCGUUGAAGUUGUUAAGAGAUAGGAAAUAAAUGGUGGUAUCUCCAAGAUACCAGACGGGGAGUGUCUUGCCUCAUGGCAGAUGUGGAGUGUACGUUCACAGGAAGUUCCUGUUUUUUUAUGCUAAUUUUGGUCACGUGACCAGGAAGUUACGAUUUUAGAUUUCCACUGUACCACGCAGGCGUCGGCCAUUACACAGAUAAGUCAAGAUGGCGGCACGCAUCGCAUCUCAGUGAGACCACAGCCGUACUUGUCCAUUGUGGGAGCUUAAGAAGCAUUGUCUGUAAGUUGUUUAUAUUCCCAUAAUAUUGACAAUGCUGUUGUAAUGUUGGAAUGCCCGUUAUAGUGAUGUAAAUGCCUUUAUGGUGCCGUUAAGUUGUUGUAGUAAAUACGAGGCCUAGUUAGUAACGAAGCCUGCGACUUUCCUUAUUGUGGAUGUUACUUGUGAUUUAGUAGGUCGAGUCAGACUUGUGCCUAUGUUGCGAUCCUGAGAGUAAAGAUGAUGAAGUAUCUCAUCCACAGUUUAGUGUUAUGUGUAAUGCUGUACUUUUGGGGUACAGUGGGAUGAAUACACGAUGUGCCUGUAUGCAACCCACCGGCUUGUGCUUUUGUCUAGUUGUUCAGUGGUAAUGUAGGUGCCUGGUCCGUCCAAGAUCUAUUGUUAUAUAAGACAAUGUUCUGAUGCUGUGGUGUUUAUUGUGUUGGUGUUUCCGGAUUAUAACAGAUGCUGUAUCUGUGUUUUCUCACCAGUUUUACCUUGUUACAAUCAAUAAAUGACGAUUGGAGUUGGACGUUCAUCCUGGCUCCGAGGGUUUAUUGAACACAAGGUUAUCUACUCGACUAGCAGUGCAACGCAGCGCACAGUGAGGCCGAGAUACAAUAUGUCCAAAAUAGCGCACGGAGCGUUGCAAGAGGUGGCACUUUUUGCGUUUGAACUUGAGAUUCGCUGAACGCAUUCUGGCGAACACAGCCCGCAAUCUCUGAAAGUGUUCCUCGAACGUACGACUGAACACAAUGACGUCGUCUAAGUAUAUCAGGCACGCGUCCCAUUGUAACCCGGUCAACACCAGUUCCAUUAACCGCUGGAACGUGGCGGGAGCGGCGUUCAGUCCCAUGGGAAGACAGUUAAAUUGGA